UUCCAGGUGAUCGGAGCCCUUGUACUUGCCAUUGGGAUUUAUGCAGAAGUUGAAAGACAGAAGUACAAAACUCUAGAAAGUGCCUUUCUAGCCCCGGCAAUUAUUUUAAUACUUUUGGGCAUUAUAAUGUUCCUUGUAUCUUUUGUGGGUGUACUGGCUUCUUUGAGAGACAAUUUAUGCCUCCUUCAGGCAUUCAUGUACAUUCUUGGUAUCUGCUUGCUGAUUGAGCUGACUGGUGGAGUGGUGGCCCUGAUCUUCAGAAACCAGACAAUCAACUUUUUGAACGAUAAUAUUAGAAGAGGAAUUGAGAAUUACUAUGAUGACUUAGAUUUCAAGAACAUCAUGGAUUCUGUGCAAAAGCAGUUUAAGUGCUGUGGUGGGGAAGAUUACAGAGACUGGUCACAAAACGUGUACCACAACUGCGCGGCGCCGGGACCGCUGGCCUGCGGCGUGCCCUACACUUGCUGCGUCACAAAUAAGGUAAGUCCUGGCAUCUUGGUGUUGCUGCUCUCUGCCACUUCACUGGCGUUCACCUAA